AUGUGCUACGGUUUCGCUGCUCGUCGGCUCAAUUUGAUCCACGAGACUACAAUCAAUGACAUGAUGGGUUUAGGCGUGAAGCUCCUCCUACCGGCACUACUCAUCGUGCAUCUCGGCGAGCAGCUUCAUCUCGGGACAGCGAUGAACUAUAUUCCAGUUAUAAUCUGGUCAGUCCUCUACACGUCUGCAUCGAUUGGCCUUGGGCAUUUCCUAUCGCGGCUGCUUGGCCUACCUCAAUGGGUUACACCGGCUUGUUCGUUCAACAAUACUACAUCUCUCCCCUUGUUACUCCUCUACUCCCUCCAGAGCGUAGGAAGUCUAAAACUGAUCCUGCGCCAUGGCGAAACCACAUCCUCAGCAAUCGACCGUGCUCAGAGUUACUUCCUUGUCUGCGGUGUGAUCAGUAAGACCAUCGCAUAUAUCGUCGGACCGAGGAUGUUACAAGAUCGCGGAGAUGGCCUUAGUAGCCUAGAGGAGCGACAUCGUACCGCAAGCAUACUAGCAGAGGAUGAGCAACUCACCGAAGAAACCUCUCUACUCCCGCAGCGCGCCCAACAAGCCCGAACAUCAGCCGGGAACCUGAUCCGGCGGUCGACGCACUGGCUGGGGUCAUUAUUCCCACACCGGGUCAAGCAAGAACUCCUCGCACCCUUCGAGUCCCCAUUCGCCGACGUGGCAAUACUCUGCACUAUUAUCGGCACGGUGCUGGGACUAGUCCCCUCGUUACACAAAGCAUUCUUCUUCGACGAGGAAGAUGGCGGGAUAUUCAAUGCAUGGCUGACUUCGAGUAUCCGCAACAUCGGCGGGCUGUUUACAACGCUGCAAAUCUUCAUGGUUGGGUGUAAACUUGGAAUCACGUUCGAGCGGAUGGUUGCAGAAGGGCAUUCGGGCCGGAUCCCUGUCAAGGCUAUCACGACUAUCUUUGUCGUUCGUUUGGUGGUCUGGCCGGCGCUGAGCGUUUCACUGAUUUACGGACUUGCUAAGAGGACUCGUCUCCUUGGUGAUGAUCCGAUACUGUGGUUUAGUAUGAUGCUUAUGCCUGCUGGUCCACCGGCGCUGGUGAUUUCGGGGUUGGCGGAAUUGGCGCAGGCGUCUGAGGUGGAAAAGAUGGUUAUUGCGAAGACUUUGACGAUCAUGUACGCCUUGUCACCAUUUAUAUGUUUUAGUAUAACAGGAGCGCUUAAAGCUUCCGAGGCAGUGUUGAAAGAGAAAGGAUGA